ACUGCCGUACUACUAUAUUGAAUUUGGCGGUAAAAAAAUAGAAAAUGACGAUAUGAAAUGAAAUGAGUCCAAAGGUGGUUUUUACAGUGGGGGACCCAGCCAGCGAUCACUCUCUCAUUCUCCGACACCCGGAAGCUCCAAACGACGCCGUGUGUUGCUGUUGCAGCAUUCUUUCAGUCUCUUCUUCUUCUUCUUCUUCUCAUACAUUCAAAGGUGGAGCAGUUGAAGAAGCUGGUGGGGAGGGAGCAAUGGGGUCCAAUAAUCAUGGCAACUCGAAGGAGUUUCUAGAACUCAUAAAGUCCAUCGGCGAGUCCCGAUCCAAGGCCGAGGAGGACUGCAUCGUCCUCCGCGAGAUCGAAACCCUAAAACGCCGCAUCAACGACGCCGACACUCCGAAACGCAAGAUCAAGGAGUACAUCAUCCGCCUCCUCUAUGUCGAGAUGCUCGGCCACGACGCCUCCUUCGGAUACAUCCACGCCGUCAAGAUGACUCACCACGACUCCCUCCUCCUGAAGCGCACCGGCUACCUCGCCCUCACGCUCUUCCUCAGCGACGACCACGACCUCAUCAUCCUCAUCGUCAACACAAUCCAGAAAGACCUCGCCUCCGAUAACUACCUCGUCGUUUGCGCCGCUCUUAACGCCGUCUGCAGGCUCAUCAACGAGGAGACCAUCCCCGCCGUGCUUCCUCGUGUCGUCGAGCUUCUUCACCACUCCAAGGACGCCGUUAGGAAGAAGGCCGUUAUGGCGCUGCACCGCUUCUACCUCAAAUCUCCGUCCUCCGUUUCGCAUUUGCUUUCUAAUUUCCGUAAGCGGUUGUUCGAUAACGAUCCUGGUGUAAUGGGCGCUUCUCUUUGCCCGCUUUCUAAUAUCGUUUCCGAUGAUGUUAACUCUUUUAAGGACCUUGUCGUUAGCUUUGUUAAUAUUCUCAAGCAAGUCGCAGAACAUAGGUUGCCCAAGACUUAUGAUUAUCACCAAAUGCCUGCACCCUUCAUUCAGAUUAAGUUGCUGAAAAUACUUGCGUUACUGGGAAGUGGCGACAAGCAAGCUAGUGGACACAUGUACACUGUGCUUGGUGAUAUAAUCAGGAGGAGUGAUUCGAUGACCAACAUAGGGAAUGCUGUUCUCUAUCAGUGCAUAUGCUGUGUUGCUUCUAUAUAUCCCAAUCCUAAGUUAUUAGAGGCUGCUGCGGAUGUAAUCGCAAAAUUUUUGAAGAGUGACAGUCAUAAUCUCAAGUACAUGGGCAUUGAUGCCCUUGGUCGGUUGAUAAAGUUAAGUCCACAUAUUGCAGAACAGCACCAACUUGCCGUCAUUGACUGCUUGGAGGACCCAGAUGAUAGUCUGAAACGAAAAACUUUUGAACUGUUAUACAAAAUGACCAAGUCCUCCAAUGUGGAAGUGAUUGUUGACAGAAUGAUUGAUUACAUGAUUAGCAUGAGUGAUGACCAUUAUAAAACUUAUAUAGCAUCUCGAUGUGUGGAACUUGCUGAGCAAUUUGCACCAAGUAAUUAUUGGUUUAUACAGACCAUGAAUAAAGUUUUUGAGCAUGCUGGAGAUCUUGUUAAUAUUAAGGUGGCACAUAAUUUGAUGCGGUUGAUUGCUGAAGGAUUUGGAGAGGAUGAUGAUGCUGCAGACAGUCAGUUGAGAUCAUCUGCUGUUGAGUCAUAUUUGCGCAUUAUAGGAGAGCCAAAGCUUCCAUCAGUGUUUCUUCAAGUCAUCUGUUGGGUUCUGGGGGAAUAUGGAACAGUAGAUGGAAAGUAUUCUGCUUCCUAUAUCAGUGGGAAGUUAUGUGACAUUGCAGAGGCAUAUUCCAAUGAUGAAAAUGUUAAGGCUUAUGCAAUUUCAGCAUUGAUGAAAAUUUAUGCAUUUGAAGUAGCAGCCGGGAGGAAAGUGGAUAUCCUAUCUGAGUGCCAAUCGUUGAUUGAAGAAUUAUUGGCAUCCCACUCUUCAGAUCUGCAGCAACGUGCUUAUGAAUUGCAAGCCUUUAUAGGUUUGGAUGUACAAGCUGUUGAAACAAUAAUGCCACGAGAUGCAAGUUGUGAAGACAUUGAGGUUGAUAAGAAUCUUUCUUUCCUCAAUGGGUAUGUUCAGCAGUCUUUAGAAAGAGGUGCUGAAUCCUAUAUUCCUGAGGAUGUGCGUGCUGGAAUGGGGAAUAUGAAAAAUUUCAGAAGCCAAGAUCAUCAUGAAACUUUGCAGCAUGGUCUAAGAUUUGAGGCAUAUGAAGUUCCAAAGCCUCCAAUGCAACCGAAAGUUACUCCAGUUUCAUUUGCAUCUUCAGCAGACAUUGUUCCAGUGCCCGAGGUAUUGUCUUCCAGGGAGACCCACCAUAUCUCGUCAGUGGGAUCAACUUCUGAGGUUGGAUCAUCAGAGCUUAAGCUACGGCUUGAUGGUGUUCAGAAGAAGUGGGGUAAACCAACGUAUUCAUCUUCAACAUCAUCUGCCUCUGCCUCGUAUUCUACUUCCCAAAAACCAACGAGUGGGGCAACUCUGGUGGAUGGUGCUACAACUGUCAAUUCAAAAGUGCAUGAUACUUAUGAUUCAAGAAAGACACAGGUUGAGAUUACUCCAGAAAAGCAAAAGCUUGCUGCUUCAUUGUUUGGUGGUUCAACUAAACCUGAGAAAAGAUCAUCUACAAGUCACAAGGUUUCAAAAUCUAGUGCAAGUGCUGCAGACGGAUCUCGGGGAUCAAAGGCUGCGGUUGUACCCAAUGAAGUAGCUGUGGAAAAAGCAAUUCAUCAACCACCUCCUGCUGAUUUGCUUGACUUGGAUGAACCAACUGUCACUACGGCUCCUCCUUCUGUGGACCCAUUCAAGGAAUUGGAAGGACUUCUUGACCCAAGCACUAAUUCUGCAACAAAUCAUAAUGUAGCUGCUGCUACAAAUGCCCCUGAUAUUAUGUCACUCUAUGCCGAGACUACUGUCAGUGGUGGCGACUCUAUACCCGUGAGUGGGGGGUAUGAUGUAAAUCUUUUAUCUGAAUUGUCAAAUGCAGCUACAAAAGCUACUCGUGAAGAAACAAUUGUGAAGCCGUUGCCACAAUCUAUUAAGGGUCCAGAUGCUAAAGAUUCUUUGGAGAAGGAUGCUUUAGUGAGGCAGAUGGGUGUGAAGCCCUCAAGUCAGAAUCCUAACUUGUUCAGUGACUUGCUUGGCUAAUCUGUUUACUAAGCCAAUUCUAGAUCAUGAUGCUUGAAGAUAGAUUGCCUAGCAACUUUGCUGCUUUAUCGAGUUUGCCUGAAACAGUUUACUGUCUGAUAUACACGUAAAAUUGAAUAAUAUAAAGUUAUUAUCAGGCAUGGAUAAAUGCGGCCUCCUAGAUUGGGGUGAUUCAAUGUCCAGGAAUGAUGGCAGAACCGAACCAGGUUAAAGCUUGAACUCAUUACAGAAUAGCUUUUUGUAGCUAUAGAAUGGACGAGUUUCCUCGCAUGCACUCGGUCAUAUUGUUAUUUACACGUAGGAAGUCCCUGGUCAUCUUUGUUGUACCAAAGCUGUAUUUUUUUAUUUUUUUUUAAACAUUUAUGUGCAGUUUUCCAUGUCCAUAGGAUGUUUUUUCAACAAUGAGAAGUUCGUCACUGCGGUUAAUAAUAUCAGUUUGAUGAUGUGAACGGCAUUUGUUUU